GCAGCUCCUUCCAUGUUAGAGGCCUCUUACUUGUCCUCUGGCUUUGAGAGCCUGUUUAUCAUCCUCAAUUUGAAAAUUGCACAUCAGUUGCCUCACCUUAAAGCGAUUGUUCAGUACAAAUAUGCAGUGGAAGAAUACCAACCAAAUAUUUUUAGCUGGAAGAAAUUUCUGGAACUUGGGAAAAGUAUUUCGGAUGGAGAGUUGGACGAAAUUAUUGAGUCUCAGAAUGCCAACCAAUGUUGCACACUAAUCUACACUUCUGGAACAACAGGAGUCCCUAAAGCAGUGAUGCUUAGCCAUGAUAAUAUGACAUGGACAGCUAAGACAGCAGGGCAGAUGGUGGGUCUUCAACAUGCCAGAAAAGUACAAGAAAGAGUUGUCAGUUUUCUUCCAGUGAGUCAUAUUGCAGCACAGAUGAUGGAUCUCUGGAUUCCAAUGAAGUUUGGAGCUGCAACUUACUUUGCACAGCCGGAUGCACUCAAGGGUACGUUAUUGAACACUUUAAGAGAAGUACGUCCCACAGCCUUUUUAGCUGUACCUCGUGUUUGGGAGAAAAUACAGGAAAAGAUGAAAGAAACUGGUGCUGAAUCAUCUGCUUUGAAAAGGAAUAUAGUUAAGUGGGCGAAGGGUCUUGGCCUGCAAACAAGUUAUAAUAUGAUGCAGGGAGUUACAACACGGCCCUGUGGAUACGCCUUGGCAAAUGCUCUGGUAUUUAAGAAAGUUCGUGUUUCAUUAGGCCUGGACCAAUGUACUAAGUGCUUUACAGGAGCAGCACCCAUUACCAAAGAAACACUGGAGUUCUUCCUAAGUCUUCGCAUCACAAUUUUUGAGAUUUAUGGAAUGAGCGAGAGUACUGGUCCACACACUGUCUCGCAUCAAGACUUCUAUCGAAUUACAAGCUGUGGAAAGGAGAUGGAGGGAUGCAAAACUAAACUUGACAAACUAAAUGAAGAAGGGAGUGGAGAAAUAUGUUUUUGGGGAAGACAUAUCUUCAUGGGAUACCUGAAUAUGCCCGAACAGACUAAAGAAGCUUUAGAUGAAGCGGGUUGGUUGCACUCAGGAGACUUGGGAAGACAUGAUGAAGAUGGAUUUCUUUAUAUCACUGGCAGAAUAAAAGAGUUGAUAAUCACAGCUGGCGGAGAGAACAUAGCUCCAGUCCCCAUUGAGGAUGCUAUUAAGGCACAACUUCCUAUCAUUAGCAAUGCUAUGCUUAUUGGUGAUAAAAGGAAAUUCCUCUCCAUGCUUCUCACUUUGAAGUCUUACAUGGAUGAUCAAACGGGAGCCCCAUUAGAUAAUUUGGCUCCGGCAGCUGUUGCAUUUUGCCGUAGGUAUGGAUGCUCAGCCAACACUGUGUCAGAUGUGCUAAGUGUAAAAGAUCCUAUAAUUUACAAAGCCAUUCAGAAUGGAAUUGACGCUGUCAAUAAAGAUGCUAUAUCUAAUGCUCAGAAAAUUCAAAAGUGGAUAAUUUUGGAAAAAGAUUUCUCGAUUAUUGGAGGAGAAUUAGGUCCAACAAUGAAAUUGAAAAGAGGUGUUGUUUUGAAAAUGUACAAAGAUAUAAUUGAAUCAUUUUAUUCGACUGAUGUCUUCCUAUGAAUGAUCGAAAGGACAAAAUCAUCCAGAUCUUGUUUUAGAAUCUGCACCAAUCUUCCAUAUUUUGUGAAAUUGUCCACUUCAAUAAAUAUAAAUCUUUAUUUUAAAAUGAAUCACAGUUGAGAUUAUUGGACAAUUGUGUU